AUGAGUCCAUUUGAGAACUUGAUUCUGCAUACUGAGUCAAACUCAAUUGAAAGAAAUCCUGCCCAAAUUCAAUCUGCAGCUGAACCUCUCCCUCUCCCUCCAAUAAGACGUCCAAGAAGAAGGACAGCAACUGCAGCAAAUGACUUCAUCAGAGCAGUUAAUUCUACAGAAAGUAGUAGUAGUAGAAACAGGUCUGCAAGGAGUAAUUUAACAAGAGUAACAACACAGAAUUCUACAGAAAGUAGGAGAAACAGUCCUGCUAGACAAAGUGAUUUGGCUGAAGUUAUAACACAGAAUUCUACAGAAAAUAGGAGAAACAGUCCUUCUGGUCAAAGUAAUUUGGUUGGAGUAACACAGGAGGAAGUAAGAAGAGGACAUACGUAUCAAGAGCUUGGUACACCAACAGUCCAAAUUAGAAGAGAAGUUGCUGAAACAGCCAGAAGAUCUAUUUUGGACUUAUCAACAGAGAAUGUUGUUAAUCUGGAUGAAACCUUACAAGAUGAUGUAUCUGCUGUUGCUGAUUUCAUUCCAGCUGUUCCAGCUUCUGUAGUAACAAGUUCUUUGCCAUCAGUAACUGAAAUAUGUGAUGCCAUUAAAGAACAUAAAAAGAACUUUAUUAGUGGUGAUGAGGAAAAUCCUCUUCUGAUGGAGGUAAAAAGGGAAGAUGUUCUCAAAGAUGCUUUGGGAAUUAUAAGAUUCUUCCAACAGGAUCUGCACAAUCCCUUGAGAAUUUCUUUGUUGGAGAACUUGGAGUAGAUUUAGGCGGCCUUCGAGUCUGUUUCUGUACAAACUCUCUAAUUCUAUGUUCAUGAAAGUUAACAAAAUGUCACUUGAUGAAGAAGAACAAACUGUACACAUCUCUAGAAGAAGGUUGUCAGAACUUGAAAUAAAGGCAAAUGCUGCAACAGAUUUCAUCCAACAUUUCCAGAAUAUUGAUAAAGAAUUUAAAAAAGAAAAAGCUAAAGUGAAAAAGUUCACUAAAAUGUUAAUAGAUGAUCAAAAAGUUAUUGAAAAAUUGACUUCUGUAAGGUGUAUUAGUGCCAGUGAUCUUUCCUCAUUAGACUCAAGGUCAUUGAUCUAUAGAAAUUCUUCACUUGUUACUCCACAAUCAAUUAUAGAAACAGAUGGCAGUUCAGGAUCUUCAUUUAUCUUUCCAAUAAGCGAUCCUUUCCUUUCCCCAUCACCAGAACCUUCAUCAAAGAAACCACCAACUCAGCUAAGUGCUACCCCUCUUGAACUUACUACUCAAUCUAAGACGACAACUACAGUUUUUAAAAAUCUUCGUGAAACAGACUCAAUAAGUAAUUCAGGCAGCAUUUCACUACCAUAUAAAUGAAGUGCGUCUGUGAAUGUAAGCAUAACUGGUCCAAAAGCAAAUAAUGUGUUUGCUGAUGUUGUGGAUGACAGAGGUAAAUCUGAAGCAGUUUUCCUUAAUCUAGUUAAAGAAUUGAAAAGGACAAAACAUUGUUUAAAUCAGCUGAUGUUAGAAAAGGGCCUCACAAUGGAAGAAUUCAUGGUACUCCAGGAGCCCAAACUUUCCAAAAGAACAUAAUAGAAAGGUUAAAGCAUACCUACUUCUACCUUGGCCAGCUUGUGACCUUGUUCGUGCUAGAGGAUGGUCCUGGAGUAACAAUUUUAUUUGAUGCAACAACUGAUUAUAUCCUUCAUGGAAGGAUUAAAUCAGUUGUUGACAGUGAUGUGGGGGAAAUACAGGAGGUCUUCCAAAAGAUGGAGAGUUGCGUCACAGGUAGUGAUUUGCAAGCACAUUAUUGUGACAUCAUAGAAGAGGCCUCAGCUGUCGGUUUCCUUGUACCAGUGAACAAGAUGACAAAAGAGCAUUUGCCAGUUUUGAAGACAGCGAUGGUUCAAAACCAUAUCGAAGGUGCCAAAGAAGAACUGGACGAUUUUUUUAGAGGCCUGGAUACACAUCAGAUUUUGAGUUUUUUGAGAAGAGAUGACAACAUCCUUAAUGCAAGGACCCUCGUCUGUGGAAGAAUUAAACCACUAACAGCACUUGCAUUAAAAGACCUUCUCGUGUUUAAAUACUCUGAAGGAAAUAGGAAAAUAAAGGAAUUAGCCACAGCUCAUGGUUUUCUAACCUUUAUUCAAGCGUCUAAAGGUGAUGGUGCAAGUGUUAAUGGAAUUACAGUGAAACCAGAAAACAUUCUGAUGUGGCUAACUGGAUAAACCCACAUACUAGCAGCUGGAUUCCAUAAACAGAUUGACGUUCUGUUUGGGGAUGCAAUCACCAUAAAUACAUGUGCAUUGUGUUUCACUUUGAAAUUGAGUGAUAUGACAAUAGAACAGGCUGUUGAACAUUAUACAGAAUAUUUGAUCAACAGUCAAACCUUUACUGUGGAGUAAUACACUAUUUUCAUAUUACCGACUUUUGACUCCGGAUUAUAUAAUUUGUCGA